AGUCGGCUCGGCGGUUUCAUUAUUAUAAAUAUUAAGAAACCUACCGUAGUACCGAAUUUGAAACAUCAAAUAAAUAUUAUUUAUAUGCAUGUAAUUCUACUAUAACAUGCAAAGAUCAUAUAAAAGCGAUACCUUGUUGGUACCGUCAUGUAAAAAAACCUACUGUCAACGUCGACCACCCCUCCCCUCCUCAUGCACCGAAACCAAUUCAUCUUGUCAUAUCCAUCGUUAGAUUCUUAAUAUUUUUUGAGUUCUUAAAUUAUUUUCAUUUUUUUGGUUUGUAAAAAGUUUUAUUGUAUAAAAUCAUCCGCAAAGUAACAUUUAAUUGGUGAAUAUUACAAAAUCCGCUUCAAAGGCUUCAGGCUUCGGCCUGUAGCCAUUGAUAUUUAUUCAAACCUCAAAAAUCAACGAAACAUAGUAAAAAUUAGUGUUUCUUUUAUAAGUAUUUAGCAAAGUAUUUCACAAUAUUUCUCAGUAUUUUUUUUACAAUAUCCAAAAAUGUCUGAGUGGAAUAAUUCUUACGGCUAUAACAACCAAUUCCAAGUGCCGCCUAAUUCAUGGAAUCGAGAUUUAAAUGGGCAAUAUGUAAAUCAACCAUACUAUGACAACAGACAAUAUGAGUCAAGCAACCAAUAUGUAAGUUUUAAUGAAUUUUUAACACAAAUGCAGGGUAAUGGUGUUCCACAAAAUAAUGCUUCUAAUUACAAUAAUGUACAGUACCAAGCAUAUCCAACUAACCAGUACAACUACCAAAAUGUACCAACACAAAAUCCACAGAUGGAAUUUGGUUAUGGACACCAUAACCCUAAUGCAGGUAAUACUGUAGACACUUAUUCAGUUAAUGUUCAAAAUCAAUACAACCAAUCAGUACCCGAGUUAAAUACUUAUUCAAAUGAAGUUGUAAUGAAUUCAAAAUUGACACCAACUGCAACAGAAUUUGUACCAAAAUGUUCUAUUAAUGUGGCAUCUACUUCUCAAAGUACUUCACAAGAAACUUCAGUUACAAAAGACGCACCAGAUAACAGAAGCGGUAAUUCUAAAUCAUCAGAAAGCAAUUGGAGAGAAAGACCUAGCAACAAUGAAACAGCUAACUCACAAGGUGAAAUGAACAAUUUUAGUCGGUAUCAAAAAAAUUAUAAAAAUACAGAAGGUAAUCGUAAUCGUGAGUCUAAUAAUCGUUAUGAAAAUAAACGUAAUAAUGAAUCAAACCAAGAAUUAAAUGGGCGCUACCGUAAUGGACAUAGUAGUAAUAAUUAUCAAUCAAACCAACAAAAAGAAUCAUCGGUCCAGAAAGAACCAGAAAACUCAACUAAUGAGACCUCCAACCAUCAAAACGAAAAUCAACGAAAUUUCGAAACGGGAAACCGAAACGAAACAAGAAGAUAUGCAAAUGAAAAUAAUCAAUCAAAAUCAAAUUCUAAAUCAAAAAAUAAAGAUUCGGACGCAGGUCGUACUUUCUAUAACAGUUCUAUUAAUAAAAAUAGUCAAGAUGUUAGGAAUGGUAGAGGGGAAAGUUCUGGAAGAAAUCGAAACUGGAUUGGCAGUCAACGCGUCCGGACAGUAGAACGUAAUAAUGUUGAAGAUGAACAAUAUGCUAAUACUUACAUGCAUUAUAGAGAUGAAAGAGUGGAACGAGUAGCAAAUAAUAAGCAUGAAAAAACCGCUAGUCCAGCAAAAGGAAGAAAUAAGCCAACUAAUGACUCCGGAGGCAACACCAACGUGACACAACGUGAGCGCCUCACUGAACAAUUAGACAAGGGUACUUUAGAAUGUCUGGUGUGCUGUGAAAGAGUCAAACAGACUGAUUCUGUAUGGUGGUGUUCAAAUUGUUAUCAUGUUUUACAUCUUAGAUGCAUAAGAAAAUGGGCCAUAAGCAGCUUAGUUGAAGGCAAAUGGAGAUGUCCGGCAUGCCAAAACACGAAUGAAGACAUCCCAACAGAGUACCGUUGCAUGUGCGGUGCUGUUAAAUCACCAGAGUACUCACGUGGCUCGGUCAGUGCUCACACAUGUGGCAAGUCGUGCCGUCGACCAAGGAACUGUCCACAUCCCUGUACUUUACUCUGUCAUCCUGGUCCCUGUCCACCUUGCCAAGCGACGAUAAGCAAACAAUGUGGGUGUGGUGCGGAGACUCGUUCGGUGCUAUGCAGCAGUAAGUUGGCGCAGCUGUGCGGUCGUGCGUGCCGUCGCAAGCUCAGCUGUGGCGUACACGAGUGUCAAAGAGAGUGCCACGAGGGACCCUGUGAUGAAUGCACAGAAAUUGUCACACAAGUGUGCUACUGCCCCGCGGCUAAGACGCGGUCAGUACCGUGCACGUCGGACACGAGUGGCGAGCAGGCGUGGUCGUGCGGCGCGGCGUGCGCGCGCGUGCUGUCGUGCGGCGCGCACGUGUGCCGGCGUGUCUGCCACGCCCCGCCCUGCGCGCCCUGCCCCCUGCGCCCUGACAACGUGCGCUCCUGCCCCUGCGGCAACACUAAGAUAGAAAAGGAUCAACGGAAAUCCUGCACCGACCCGAUUCCUCUAUGCGGUAACAUCUGUGCCAAGCCAUUGCCCUGUGGUCCGGAGGGAGAUAAACACUUUUGUAAACAAUUGUGUCAUGAAGGUCCGUGUCCGACUUGUCCCGAUAAGACUUUGUUGCCGUGUCGCUGCGGACAUUCGAGCCGAGAGGUGCCCUGCUCAGACCUCCCCGACAUGCUGAACAAUGUCUUCUGCCAGAAGAAAUGUAACAAGAAGUUGUCUUGCGGUCGUCAUCGUUGCCGCACUGCUUGUUGCGCGGCGCAGUCGCACAGAUGCGCGGUGGUGUGCGGACGCACGCUGUCCUGUCAGCUGCACCGCUGUGAGGAGUUCUGUCACACCGGACACUGCGCCCCCUGCCCCCGCGUCAGUUUUGAAGAGCUGCAUUGUGAGUGUGGCAUGGAAGUGUUAUUGCCACCAAUCAGGUGCGGAACACGUCCGCCCGUGUGCCACGCCCCCUGCCGGCGCGAGCGACCCUGCCACCACCCGCCGCACCACUCCUGCCACACCGGAGACUGCCCGCCCUGCGUUGUUCUCACCACUAAGAUGUGCCAUGGAAAACAUGAGGAGCGGAAGACAAUACCGUGCAGCCAAGAGGAGUUCUCGUGUGGGUUACCGUGUGGCAAGCCCUUACCAUGCGGUAAGCACACCUGCACGAAGACCUGCCACAAGGGACCCUGUGAUACUGACAAAUGUAAGCAAGCGUGCACGGAGAAGCGCGCAAGCUGCGGACACCCGUGUGCGGCGCCCUGCCACGUGGACAACGGCGGAGUCUGCCCCAGCGCCGCGCCCUGCCGCCGCCUCGUGCGUGCCACAUGCGCCUGCGCACGCCGCUCAGCAGACAGGCCCUGCCAUGAGAACGCCAGGGAUUACGCUAAAAUGAUGAGUGCGCUGGCAGCUUCGAAAAUGCAAGAGGGAGCCUCCCUGGACUUGUCUGAAGUGCAUCGCCCCGGAGCUAUGCUGAAGACUCUAGAGUGCGACGACGAGUGUCGUAUGGAGGCGCGCAGCCGGCAGCUGGCGCUGGCUCUGCAGAUCCGCAACCCUGACGUAUCCGCCAAACUAGCGCCACGCUACAGCGAACACGUGCGCUCCACUGCAGUGCGCGAGCCCGCCUUCGCACAGAACGUGCACGACUCCCUCACUGAGCUAGUGCAACGCGCCAAGAAGUCUAAGCAGAAGACGCGCGCGCACUCUUUCCCAUCGAUGAAUCGUCAGAAGCGUCAGUUCAUCCAUGAGUUGUGCGAACACUUCGGCUGUGAGAGCGUCGCAUACGACGCAGAGCCCAAUCGCAAUGUCGUCGCCACCGCUGACAGGGAGAAAUCGUGGUUGCCAGCGAUGAGUGUGCUAGAAGUGCUGGCGCGGGAGGCAGGCAAGCGGCGCGUACCAGGGCCCGUGCUGCGCGCGCCCGCCGCACCUCCGCCCACGCCUGCGCUCGCCACGCCCACUACAUCCGCCAGCAGAAGUACCGGAGGCUGGGCAACAUUGACAUCGACCAAUGCGUGGGCGGCUCGCAGUCAGCCCGCGCGCUCCGAGCCCAAGAUUGACUACUUUGAUAACCCGCCUGAUAACUAAACGAUGGCUCAUACGUCCAGGGCAGUCAGGUCAUGUACAGUCGGACCUGAAUAACCGAGAGUCUAAGGGACCGCGAUAUUUUUCUCGCUUAUAAAGGUUUCUCAUUAUCCCGGUUCGACUUUAUAACUGGGUUUCUAGUGACGUGAUACUUGUCUCUGUUUUUUUUUCAAGAUAAUUUAAGAGAUGACAAUAUCUUACAAUAUCACAGAAAUAGAAGCCUAAAGUAAUUCAGCUAAAUUUGCAUAUGUACUUGUGAAGAUGUUUUUUUUUUAUUUAUUAUAUUUUGUAUGAAAUCUGUUUGCAUAAUACAACUUUUUGUACAUUUGCCUCGUCUGGACGAAUUAGUGUAAGAUAUACAAACAUCAUUAUAUAGUCAAUUGUUUGUCUUAAAAGAUUUAUUUAAUAGUCAAAUACUUUGGUACUUUCCAGUUUUAGAUGCGGUGUCAAAAUUCAAGCUAAAAAAAAAAUAAAAAAAAAAAUAAAUUAAUUACUAUUGCAUUGAAACAAAACGCCGCGAUUCUAGAGUGUGAUUUUUUAAAUUUUUAUGAUAAUAUUCUUUAUCGAAUGAAUCUGACCUAAUUCAAUCGAUAUGUGGAUUUAUAGAUAUUAAGUCCCAAUUGGGUUAACCAAUAACUUAUGUAUUGUUUUUUAUUUAUAUACAUGGUGUUCAAAAAAAAUUUGAAGGUACUAUUUUACGUUAUAAAGACUACGAUGCCUAUCAAUUAAGUACACGGAAAUUUCUGAAUCGAUAAUAUUGAAUGAUUACAAUCCGUUCACGAUAACAUGAUACUUGCAAAAUAUU